GACAAUGCAAAAUUAAUGGUCUCUUUCUUCUUCUUCUUUUUUUUUUUUUAUAUUUUAUAUAUUUUUAUUUUUGUAUUUAAUCGUUGCCCCAUCUUUAAUAUUUGGGUGAGUUUUGAUGACUAUAGAUGAGGUGAUGUAUGCUAUAUAUAUGGGUAUUCGCAGUGGUAAUUAAAGUGAGAACAAGUAUCAUCCAAUUGUGUAAUAUGAAUCACUUAGUCCUUGUGAUGAUAAUGAGUAUAAUGUCAAGGAAGAGUCUGAUGCGUUUGAAAUUGAUAAUGUUGAUGGUGUGUUUGGUGUGGGUGCAGGUUGUUUGUGGUGAGCAUGAAAUACAAUGCAUUCAAAGGGAGAGGGAAGCACUUCUCCAAUUCAAGGCUUCUCUUUAUGAUUCCUUUGGCAUGACCUCCUCUUGGACCACUCCUGAUUGCUGCCAAUGGAAGGGCAUUCGCUGCAGCAACCUCACUCGCCAUAUAAUCAUGCUCGACCUGCACGCUGACUUUCAUGUGGAAUAUGCUUUCAAUUACUAUGAAAUCUCCAGCUCGGGAAGUUAUCUCAGCGGAGAGAUCCACGAAUCGUUGAUGGAGUUGCAACAACUAAACUAUUUGAACUUCAGUUUCAAUUCUUUUGGCAAUACACAUAUUCCAGAGUUUCUUGGCUCUCUAACCAGCUUGAUAUCCCUUGACCUAUCAUCAUGUGGUUUUCGUGGAAAAAUUCCAACUCACAUUGGCUCUCUUUCUCAUUUGAAAUACUUAAAUCUUGCUGGGAAUUCUCUGGAGGGUUCAUUAUUCCCUCUUCAACUUGGAAAUCUCUCCCAGUUGCAACAUCUUGAUCUCAACAGCAAUUAUUUUGAAGGAAAGAUACCAUCCCAACUCGGAAAUCUCUCCAAGUUGCAGUAUCUUGAUCUCAGGUACAAUUCUUUUGAAGGAAAUAUACCAUCUCAGCUUGGGAACCUUUCAAACUUACAGGAGCUUUAUCUUGGAGGAUAUUACUAUGGUGAUGGUCCUCUCAAAAUUGAUGAUGGAGCUCCGUGGUUGUCUAAUCUCAUUUCUUUAACCCAUCUUUACUUGUGGUCCAUACCUAAUCUUAACACUUCUCACAGCUACCUGCAAAUGAUUGCCAAGCUACCAAAACUAAGACAACUAAGUUUAAGGGAUUGUAGCCUUUCCGAUCAUUUUAUCUUUUCAUUGAGGUCUUCUACAUUCAAUUUUUCUACUUCCCUUUUCCUCCUUGAUCUAUCCUUGAACACCUUCACGUCACCAAUGAUAUUCCAGUGGGUGUCAAACAUCACUUCCAACCUUGUUGAGCUUGAUCUUAGUGAAAAUCUCUUGGAGGUUUCCACAUCCAAUCAUUUUGGCAUGGUCAAGAUGAAUUUGCUUGAGCACCUUCACCUCUCUUAUAAUAGAUUGAAGGGUGAGGUUUUGAAAUCCUUCAUGAAUAUAUGCACCUUACAUUCUUUAUACAUGAAUGGAAACAAUUUGACUGAAGACCUUUCAUCAAUUCUUCAUAAUUUGUUUGAUGGUUGUGUUAGACACUCAUUACAAGAAUUGGAUUUGAGUUUCAAUCAAAUCAUAGGCUCCUUACCUGACUUUUCAGUAUUUUCAUCUUUAAAAAUCUUGGAUCUUUCCACAAAUCAGUUGAGUGGGAAGAUACCUGAAGACAACGAAUUGUCAUCUCAAAUGGAGUCUUUAUUCAUUAGCUCAAACUCUUUAGAAGGUGGAGUUCCAAAAUCAUUUGGGAGAGCGUGUACUUUGGGCUCAUUGGACCUUUCUAAUAAUAGUUUAAGUGAAGAGCUAUCAGUAAUAUUUGAUCACUUGUCCGGGUGUUCUAGAUACUCAUUGCAAGCAUUAAACUUGGAAAUAAAUAGAAUCAAUGGUACGUUGCCUGACCUUUCAAUACUCUCAUCUUUAAAAAUAUUGAUUCUUUCUGAAAAUCAUUUAAGUGGAAAAAUUCCUGAAAACAACAUAUUGUCAUAUCAAUUGAAGUUUUUGUCAAUUAGCUCAAACUCUUUAGAAGGUGGACUUCCAAAAUCAUUUGGCAAUGCAUGUGCUUUAUACUCAUUGGACAUGUCUAACAAUAGCUUGGGUGAAGAGUUUACGAAAAUAAUCCAUCACCUAUCUGGAUGUGCUAGAUAUUCAUUGAAAUAUUUAUAUCUAAGCAUGAAUCAAAUCAAUGGGACACUACCUGACCUCUCAAUAUUCUCAUCUUUAAAAAUAUUAUAUCUUGGUGGAAACAAGUUAAAUGGAGACAUUCCUAAAGAUAUUGGAUUUCCACCUCGCCUAGAAAGUCUAGAUAUGCGAUCAAAUUCCUUAAAAGGUGUGUUCACUGACUACCAUUUCACUAAUGUAUCUAUGUUAAACUUCUUGGACUUAUCUGAGAACUCAUUAUUGACCUUGAAGUUCACACAAAAUUGGGUUCCACCAUUUCAAUUGAGCUACAUAAGAUUGCGAUCUUGCAUGCUAGGUCCAACAUUUCCCAAAUGGUUGAAAACGCAAAAUGAUUUGAAUGAUCUUGACAUUUCAAAUGCUGGAAUAUCAGAUUUGGUUCCAAUGUGGUUUUGGGAUAAAAUAGCAUUGCAAAAAUGGAUUUCAAUGAAUAUUUCGUACAACAAUCUCUUUGGUAUAAUUCCAAAUUUUCCACUAAAGAAUCCUUUUUAUUCCCUGAUUCUUGGAUCAAAUCGAUUUGUAGGCUCAAUACCACCAUUUCUACGAUAUUCCAUGUUUCUUGAUUUAUCAAAAAAUAAAUUCUCAAAUUCUUUUUCAUUUUUAUGUGCCAAUGGUACAGAUGAAAUCUUAUACCAAUUAGACCUUUCAAAUAAUGAAUUAUUUGAACAAAUUCCAGAUUGUUGGAGCCAUUUCAAAUCAUUAUCUUAUUUAGAUCUAAGUCACAACAAUUUUUCAGGAAAGAUUCCUACUUCCAUGGGGUCUCUUUUUGAUCUUCAAGCAUUACUAUUGAGAAACAACAACUUAACAAAUGAGAUCCCUUUCUCUUUAAGGAAUUGCAAGAAGCUAGUAAUGCUAGAUAUGGCAAAAAACAAGUUAUCAGGCCUUAUCCCUGCUUGGAUUGGGAGAAAAUUACAAGAGUUGCAAAUUUUAAGUUUGGGGAUGAAUCAUUUUAAUGGAAGUUUACCACCAGAAAUUUGUUAUCUAAGAAGCAUUCAAUUGUUGGAUCUCUCGUUAAACAACUUAUCUGGGAAAAUUCCCAGAUGCAUAAAAAAUUUUACUUCAAUGGCUCAAAAUGCAUAUUCAAGUUAUUAUGCCUAUCAUUGGUAUUUUGUCAACAUCAGUUAUACCUCAUUCAAAAGGACAUACGAUUUGAAUGCAUUCUUGAUGUGGAAAGGUUCAGAACAAAUGUUCAAGAAUACUGGGUUAUCACUUUUAAAAAGCAUUGAUCUCUCAAGCAAUCACUUUUCAGAAGAAAUUCCUAUUGAAAUAGAGAAUUUAUUUGAAUUGAUUUCAUUGAAUUUAUCAAAUAACCAUUUGAUCGGAAAAAUUCCUUCAAAUAUUGGAAAGCUAAAAUCUCUUGAAUUUCUUGAUUUGUCAAGAAAUCAACUUGCUGGUUCAAUUCCUAUUAGUCUUGUUCAAAUUGAUCGACUCUCUGUGUUAAAUUUGUCAAAUAACCAUUUAUGUGGGAAAAUUCCAACUGGCACACAAUUACAAAGUUUCGAUGCCUCAAGUUACGAAGAUAAUCCUGAUCUUUGUGGACCACCACUUGAGAAAUUGUGUAUUAAUGAGGAGCCAAAACAAAGACCGGUUGUUAAACUUCAUGAGGAUGGAUUGUUUUUUACUCGUGAGUUUUACAUGAGUAUGACAAUUGGAUUUGUUAUAAGUUUUUGGGGAGUUUUUGGCUCGAUCUUGAUCAAACGUUCUUGGCGACAUGCUUAUUUCAAGUUCUUAAGCAAUGUAAAAGACACAAUUUACGUCAUGGUAGCAGUGAAAGUUUUGAAGUGGCGGCAUAGAAUAUAGCUGAGGAAUUGUGAAGAGGUUGUUGCUGCCUGAUUACACCCUUGAUGUGGAUUCCUUCUUUUCAGGUGAGAGUCGGCUUCAGGAUGAUGAUAUAUAGGAGGUCGAUGUCUCAUAAGUAGUUUUUUAUGCUUUAACUAUGAUAUAUAUCAGAGCAAAACUUAUGGAUU